CCAAUUAUAGCUUAUCUUAUUUUAAUGUGUUAAUUGAUGUAUAAAAGCACAUUACGCGGUCGAUUAGCUUCAGUAGAAAUCCCGCAGCUUUCACAAUGCUUGCUCGCAAAUUGACCUUUCUAGGACUUUUAGCAGUUGUUUCUGCCUUUCCGGUGGACCAGGCCAACUGGCAGCUGGUACCCAGUUCGGAUGGUCAUCUACACUUGGUUAACAUCAACCCGUACAACCUUCCGGAAGCAGAUGCCUCCGAACCAGAACUUCACUUCAAUCCUGAAAGUGAUAUCCUGUUCCGUCUAUUUACCCGAGGCAAUCCAACCCAGGCUCAGUUUUUGAACAUUAACAACCCGGCUUCGAUCACUGGGUCAAACUUCAAUCCUGCGCAUCCUACUCGAUUCACCAUCCACGGAUGGAACAACGAUGGAAGUCAUUGGAUGAACAGCGGAAUCCGCGAUGAGCUGCUUGCUAUCGGUGAUUUCAAUGUCAUCACCGUCGAUUGGGGUGUGGCUGCGAAUAACCCAAACUACAUCAGUGCUCGUAAUGCCGUCGGACCUGCUGGGUUCGGUGUUGGUCGAUUGAUUGACCGACUAAUCGAAACGACGGGAGUUAGUGUUAACAAUAUCAACGUAAUUGGGUUCAGUUUGGGAGCCCAUGUUGCUGGAAAUGCCGGGAAGCAUCACGGAGGUAGCAUCAAUUCGAUCAUUGCUCUGGAUCCGGCCGGCCCACUGUUCUCCGCUGGACAAGCUGAUGCAGUGUCACCGCAGGAUGGUCUCUACGUGGAAACGAUAAUGACCAAUGCAGGAUUGUUGGGUAUCAAUGUACCGUUGGGUCAAGCAAACUUCUACCCCAACGGAGGGCGAACACAACCCGGAUGUGGAAUUGACAUUAGUGGUGGUUGUGCUCAUGACCGUGCUCCUGAGUUCUUCAUGGAAUCUCUUCGGUCUUCGGUGCCGUUCCAAGCGACACGGUGCGCCAGUCAUAAUGAAAUUUUGAACGGAGUUUGCACACCCAGUGGUCCGAAUGCCAACAUGGGAGGCCAGCCGUCCAACUUUGGCCGUGGGGUCAACGGCAUUUACUUCCUGACGACAAAUAAUGCAUCACCAUUUGCGCGGGGUUAAAUUAAGAUAAGUUUUUGAAAAU